AUGCCACAACAGGUAAGAAAAUGUGUACCACAACAGAUGCCAACUGUGCCACAACAGAUGCCAACAGUGCCACAACAGAUGCCAAAAGGUAUAUCUCGCCUGAAGAGAUCCAGUACUUUAUCUUUAGUAUCGGGCACUGGGUAUCCUACUACGAGGAGUGCCAUUGAGGGUAUGCAGGACUCAGACCAAGUCCUUCAAGUACAGGAUACCAAGAGUGCCAAGGCGUCCGGGGAUACUAUUUCCUCGAGGCACUUAAUCAAGGGCCAUGAUAUCAGGAGUGCCAACGCUUAUACAGAUGUUAAAGCCUCGAAUGAUGAUUUCCAGAGCCACAGUGCCAAGGUCUCUACGACCUCCUGGCACCUAGGGACCUCAAACGACCCUUCUGGAGACCUGAAUGACCCUGAGAGUGCCAUAAGUGCCAGGAACGAGGAGUGUAACGAUAUGUUUUUUUUCUUUGAAGAUGAUUUUCACUAUUCCGCUGGUGAAGGUGAACGGCUUCCAGAACUCAGUGGAAGACGACCUAGGCUUCCAGAGCUCAGUGGAGGACGACCUAUGCUUCCAGAGCUCAGUGGAGGACGACCUAGGCUUCCAGAACUCAGUGAAGGACGACAUAAGCUUCCAGAAUCCAGCGAAAGUACGACAUACCUUCCAGGAUCUAGUAUAAGGGGUCGUCGCAUUCCAGACUUCAAAGAGACAGACGGACGACCCCUUCCAGUAACCAACCUAGACCAGCCAGAACGAUUUCCAGGUUCCAGUAAAGAAGACCAAAUAUUUCCAGACCCUGACGAAAAAGAUCAUUCAGCACGACUUCCAGAGACCAGAGGAGAUGAACGACCACAUCUUGCAGGUGGUCGUGUUCAUGUGGUGGAGACGGUGGUGAUGGUGGUGGUGAAGGAUAUCAACGACAACGCCCCCGUCUUCCCCACCACCACCAUGUACGGAGAGGUGUUGGAGAAUGGAGAGAAAGACCUACCAGUAGCCAUCGUAACAGCCUGGGAUAGAGACGACUCAACUAGCCGCAAUGCUCACCUGUCCUACGCCAUUGAGAAGAACGUAAUUGACGAGAGGACAGGUGACCCCAUCUUCGCUAUAGAACAGGUGACAGGUGUGGUAAAGACGGCGCGUUGUUGCCUAGAUCGAGAAACUACACCACAGUACACGAUUCAGGUUGUGGCGACAGAUGGUGGUGGAUUGAAAGGUACAGGUACAGUGGUGGUGAGAAUUAACGACGUAAACGACAACUCUCCACACCUAACAAGACGACUGUGGGAGAUAGAGGUGGAGGAGGAUGGUGAGGGAGAUAGUGGUGGAGACACGCUGUUGGAGAUAACUCUACUUGACUCGGAUAAAGAUAAUCAAUUUUUGUAUAGGGUGGUAAAGGAGAGCGGGUGGGGGUGGCAAGUCUUCAAGGUGACUACAGUAGGUGCCGUGGGUCACCUGAAGGCGGUGCAGCCACUGGACUACGAGAACCCCGACCACCGCAAAGGCUUCAGGUUCCGUGUGCAGGUGACUGAUAUGGGCCCAGAAGGCUGGUCACGCCCACAUCACACAGACACAGUAUGGAUCCAGGUUACGGUACUUGAUCUUAACGAUAAUCCGCCCGUCUUCUCACGCCCGCACGCCCAUAUUACUGUUGGUGAGGACGCCCACCCCGGUACCCUCCUCGCCUCACUCCCCGCCCACGAUGCUGAUAUGGGAGGAGAACAAGAAGUCGAUUACCACCUUGAAGGAGGCUGGAGGUCCCUAGGCAUCGACGCAGCAGGAGGGGUGAGACUCCUUCGUCAGCUAGACCGCGAGAAUCCUGAAGGAGGAGGAGGAGGAGGGGAGGUCCUCAUCCUAGCCAGAGAUCGGGGACAUCCUCCACUCACCUCAACAGCCACGCUAACUAUCACCAUUACAGAUGUUAACGACUGUGCCCCUAGUUUACUACCCCCUACCUUGUUACAUGUUGUAGAAGGGGCCCCAGCUACCCUCCUAGGGGUACUUAGGGCCACGGACCAUGAUAUGUGGACCUUGGACCAUGGACCACCUUUCUCGUUUGAAUUGGCCAAGUCAAACCCAUCUCAAGUCUUUCAAAACAUCGAGUUAAAAUUUGAUCCUUAUAUGGACAGUGGACGAGGUGGAGCGGCUCUGUGGACGCGUCAGCCGCUAGACAGGGAAGUGAACCGUCAGCUGGAGGUGGGAGUAGUGGUGGCUGACGCUGGAGGGGUGUCAGCCGUCAGCCACGUUACCGUCACUGUGGAUGAUCUCAAUGAUAAUCUGAUGAAACCUGGCUCCAAGACUGUCUAUUUGUGGAAGACUCAGGGCGGGGGGACGGAUACGGCUCUGGGACGGAUAUAUGUGGAUGAUCCGGAUGACUGGGACCUGGCUGACAAGACCUUCCAGUGGAGAGGUCUGCCGCAUCCACUUUUCACCCUCAACCACCAGUCUGGAGUCGUCUUUGCCUCACAACAUCUAAGGAAAGGCAGAUAUGACCUCCACUUCACGGUGAGCGACAGGGCGUGGGGACAGGCAGGCGUGGGAGCUAACGUGACAGUCUUGGUAAAGGUCCUUCCCCCACACGCCCUCACCCACGCCAUCCAUCUCACUCUCGCUCCAACCACGCCCACACGCCUCCUCUGGGGAUGGACGCCCACGGAAGGAGGGGGCGUGUUGGGAGGGCUAAUCCAGGGAGUUGUGGGGAUCGUGGGUGGCCGUGACCCCAGUGUGGAGGUGUUAGAGGCAGCGACGGGGUUGACAGUGAGGGUGAGACAACAUGAGGGAGAAGAGGGGGGGCAUGACUCUCCCUCUGCUACCUCCCUGGCCUCUACCUCCCUACCUCUACAGGUCGUGGAUACAAACAUAACAGCCUUGGUCACCCCACGCCUAACUCACGCCCACGUCUGCCGCCCACAUGCCCACAACCACGCCCAUCACCCCACCUCUUGCACCCCCACUGACUGUCUUAAUGGUGGGCGGUGUGUGGGUAUAAGGUGUGUAUGCCCGGGGAACUCAUGGGGACCACAGUGCAAAAUCCUAUCAAGAUCCUUCACGGGCCAAGGAUGGGUUUGGCUUGACCCUCUCCCACCGUGCCAUCCUACCAUCGUCUCCUUACGCAUCCUUACCACCCACCCCGAGGCCAUCCUACUCUACUCAGGACCUCUCACUACCUCCAAGGAACCUUUAGGACCCCCAGCGACGCCUCUACUAGUCCUACAGCUCAUGGAAGGACGUCCUGAGCUAAUCCUACAGGGAAGUUUGGGAGUCCUAAAGCUUCGAGUUCAUGUGACUGUUGAUGACGGUCUCUGGCACAGUGUACAUGUACGUCUGGAUGAGGAGGGUGUGGGCGUGAUGGUGGACCUGUGUGGGGGCGGGUGGCGGCCAGACGACCCUGAUGACUCACACUGUGUGGCGUGGGAGGCGUGGCCUCGUCCAGUAGGCCCGGAGGCGUGGUCUGGUGGAUGGCCUCUUCAGGUAGGAGGCGUGGCCUACACCCCCACACGCCCUGAGUCGGCCCCUACAUGGAGCACCACACCCCCGCCACGCCCAUUACAUGGCUGCAUCUCUCACCUCACCAUCAAUGGUCAGCUGUGGGAUCUUGGUCAGCCGCCUUAUCACCACGCCACCGUCCCCGGCUGCCACCCACAACAGGCGGCUUGUGUGGGCGGCUGUGGCCUUAGAGGACAUUGUGUGGGCGGCGUGAACCACCCAGAGUGUGAGUGUGAGGCUGGGUGGACGGGUGACAGGUGCGACAGGACCACAACACCCGUCACCUUAAGGUCGUCCUCUUACAUGAAGAUGGCCCUCUCCUUCACCCCGCCCUCCACCACCCUCAGUACUCAGGUGAGACUCAGGAUGACUGGUACUCAUCAUGGACUCAUCCUCAGCCUGGCCCAGCACCAACACCACGCGUCCUUCACCCUACAUCUCCGUGCGGGCGUGGCGUGUGUGUCAGUCUCGGGCGUGGGCUGGGUGACGCGGGAGACCUGUAUGGACACCCGACCACUGGGUGACGGGGACUGGCACACCGUCAGGGCAGAGAGAUACGGUCAUAACCUCGUCAUCAGUGUGGACGAUGGUGACGUGUGGCGAAGAAACGAAUCCCUGGUGACGUUCAAUGGGCGGCGAAAGAGGAGGAAAGGAGACCCAUCUACCCCACCCACGACGCCCAUGCCACCCCCGCCACCCCUAGAAGUAGACAAACACGAUGGGGUGACAGUGGGCGGCCUGCCAGAGUUCGUAGGAGUCAACCUCGUGGCUGUACAUCAAGAUCUACACAAUGUGUGUGUAGAUGACCUCAGGGUGUGUGGGAAGCGGUUGCCCCUCCCCCCAGCGGUCAACGGGACAGUCUGGGGUCAGGUCACGACCUUGAAGGGCCUGGAUGGUGGUUGUGACCCUCCUGACCCUUGUGCCAGAACCUCCUGUCGUCCGCCCCUGACCUGCACCACGUCUUGGGGUCAGCCUAUAUGUAGCUGUGGUCCAGGUCGUCAAUUAGCUGCCCACACCUGUACAGACAUCAACGAAUGUACCGCGUACCAACCCUGUCUCAAUGGUGGUACCUGUGUGGACCACCAACCAGGGUACACCUGUGUUUGUGGACCGGGCCAUACUGGGGCCAACUGUGAAUGGUCCACUAUGGCCACCCCGGGUCAUCCUCUAGCUGCUCCUUUGGCCAUGGCCUUCCUGACAGUGUCCUUGUUUUUAUUUGUGGUGUUGGGAGUGUUAGUCACAACUCGUCUUCGCCGUCGCUGUUCUCUCCACCGCCACGCCUCCACCGACCUCCACAGAGGCCAGGAAGAGGAGCAAGAGGCCGGGGCGUUUGCUACCAUAGAGAGGAAGAAGGAGGUUGGAGGAGGAGGCGUAGAAGGAGGAGGAGGGAGGAAGAGGAAGAGGAAGAAAACCUCCAUCACAGCUCUAGAGAUGAAGACAAUACCCGGAGGAGGAGACGAUAGAGAAGGCUGGGGAGGAGAAGAAGAAGAAGAAGAAGGAGGAGGAGGAGGUGGAAGAGAGAGGAAGAAGAGGAGGAGAAGGACAUCAUUAUCCCCACCAGGAGGAGAAAGAGCCAUCCUAGAGGAGCAAGACGCCCCCCAAAGGACCUUUAUAGGACUUAGGAGUGUCCCCCAUAAAAGAGAUCCUCCACAGAAAACGGGAGAAAAUGUCGGUCUUCACGUCCAUGGCAGCCCUCAAGACCAUGGUAGCCCUCAGGACCAUUUUAGCCCUCAAGACCAUAGUAGCUCUCAAGACCAUGGUAGCCCUCAAGACCAUAGUAGCUCUCAAGACCAUAGUAGCCCUCAAGACCAUAGUAGCCCUCAGGACCAUGGUAGUCCUCAAGACUGUAGUAGUCCUCAAGACCAUAGUAGUCCUCAAGACGAUGGUAGUCCUCAAGACCAUAGUAGUCCUCAAGACCAUGGUAGCCCUCAAGACCAUGGUAGCCCUCAAGACCAUGGUAACACUCAAGACUAUAGUAGUCCUCAAGACCAUAGUAGUCCUCAAGACCACGGUAGUCCUCAAGACCAUAGUAGUCCUCAAGACCAUGGUAGUCCUCAAGACCAUGGUAGUCCUCAAGACCAUGGUAGCCCCAACACCCAUGGUAGCACUGAAGACCAUAGUAGUCCUCAAGACCAAGGUAGCCCCAACACCCAUGGUAGCACUGAAGACCAUAGUAGCCCUCAAGACCGUGGUAGCCCCAACGCCCAUGGUAGCCCGGAUAACUACUCAGAUACUACACGCCCUAGGAUCCUUCGCCCAGGGUUCCUAGACGUCAUGGACCUCCUAAGAAACCUUCCAGGAGUGGCUAGGACCUCUAUGACGGCGAUGAAGGAAAAACUCACUCCUGCAGAAGUUAUAGAAGACAAGACGAAGGCCGCUACUGACGAAGGAACCUCAGUAAAUAAAUGUGCUUCUUCCUCCGUCAAGAGAAUCAGCUCCUGAAGGUAGCCUGGCUUUCUUUUUUGACUCCGGCGUCAACAGAAGCCCUAAGAGCAUUCUUACUACUAACACUAACUACUGACGAAGGAGGAUCUUUCUUCCGUCUCUUCUCCUUCAGUAGUCAAGGAACCUACCAUUUAAUACCUGUAGAAGUUGAUGAAGAUGCUAUUAACAACACUCUAUUACUACUGUACUAAUACUAACUACUGACGAAGGGGGAUCUUUCUUCCGUCUCCUCUCCUUCAGUAGUCAAGGAACCUACCAUUUCAUACCUGUAGGAGUUGAUGUAGUUCUGUUGAUCUCAAAGGACCUCGGCUUGUCCCAGCGUUACCAAGAUGAACACCUGAAGAAGUGGAUGAAAGGCCCAGUUAGUUAUACCUGUUUUAAGGGGUUAAGUUAUCAUACUCAAGGGGUUAAGUUGUCAUACUCAAGGGGUUAAAUUAUACUCAAGGGGUUAAAUUAUCAUACU